AUGGAAGACUCAACGCGCCGCUUCUCCAAGGUGUCGGCCUCGCGCGCAGAGACUGGCGCCGACACCACCAGUGCCGAUCGCACCCUCGAAGAUAUGGGAUAUAAGCCGGAAUUGGCGCGCAAUCGCUCCAUCUGGCAGGUCACUUUCAUGUGCUUUAUCUUGUCUUCUGUGCCCUACGGUCUCUCUACGACGCUUUACUAUCCGCUUGUUGCCGGUGGUCCGGCCAAUAUUAUCUGGGGCUGGGUGGUCGUCUCGUUCCUGAUUCUCUGUGUCGCUAUUUCCCUCGCUGAGAUCACUUCGGUCUAUCCAACUGCUGGUGGAGUGUACUAUCAAACAUUCGUCCUAUCACCUCUUUGGUGCCGUCGCGUCGCAUCGUGGAUCUGUGGCUGGUCCUAUGUGGCCGGAAACAUCACCAUCACCCUUGCCGUGAACUUUGGUACCGCCCUGCUCUUCGUCGGCUGCCUCGAUGUCUUUGAGAAGUCCCCCGGCGUGGGCAUCACCGACGAUUUCCAGGCUUAUCAGACCUUUUUGAUUUUCCUGGCCAUCACUCUGUUGACCCAUGCUAUCUCGGCUUUCGGUAACAAGUGGCUGCCCUGGUUGGAGACUUUCGCCAUCUUCUGGACGAUCGCCGGUUUGAUCGCAAUUGUCGUUUGUCUUUUGGCUAUCGCGAAAGAAGGCCGCAAUAAUGCCUCGUGGGUCUUUGGUAAUUUUGAGCCGCAAGCUGGUUGGCCAGCGGGCUGGUCGUUCUUCAUCGGCUUGUUGCAGGCUGCGUACGCCACUUCGGCUACCGGCAUGAUUAUCUCUCUCUGCGAGGAAGUUCGGGAACCCGCUAUUAUGGUCCCCAAGGCCAUGGUCGGUACUAUCGUUAUCAACUUUGUUGCUGGUCUCCUUUUCUUGAUCCCAGUCUGCUUCGUCAUGCCCGAGCUGAGCCUGCUCAUCAACGCUUCUCAGCCGACUCCGGUCAUCUUCAAGCACGCCAUUGGUAACUCCGCUGGUGCUUUCUGCUUGACCAUCCCUCUUCUCGUGCUCGGUGUUAUCUGCGGUGUAGGCUGUGUUACUGCUACUUCGCGUUGCACCUGGGCCUUUGCUCGUGAUGGCGGUAUCCCCGGCUCUGGCUGGUGGCGCACCGUCGACAAGAAGCUGAACAUUCCCCUCAAUGCGAUGGCAUUGGGCAUGGUCAUCGAGAUUGCUCUCGGUGCCAUCUACUUCGGUUCUACCGCCGCCUACAACGCCUUCUCUGGUGUGGGUGUCAUCUUCUUGACGUUGAGUUAUGCCUGUCCCGUGGCGGUCUCCUUGAUCUUCCGUCGUCGUGAGGAUAUCAAGAACGGCAACUUCAACUUUGGCAUCGUCGGUCUCAUCGCUAACGUCUUUGCGCUCGCAUGGAGUCUCCUCGCCAUCCCCCUGUUCUGCAUGCCCACUCUCAAGGUGGUCACCAAGGAAAGUAUGAAUUAUGCCUCGGUUGUGUUUUUCGGUUUCGUGCUCAUCGCAGCCAUCUGGUACGGUGUCUGGGGAUACGGCAACUACCGCGGUCCACCCACCGAUGCCGUCGAUCACGACGACGCGUCUUUGUCUCCGUCCUAUCCCGAGGGCAGCGAGGUCGGCAAAGAUAAGCCCAAAAGCCCAUGA